AUGGCAGCUGGCCAAUCGACCAAGUUGACAAGUGAGACUCAAUACUUCAUCAACUUGAGUCAUAAUGUCUGUUUAUCGCAAGAUGUACUCCUCUCAGAGGCUGGAGAUACUGUUCUACCCACUCGUGAUGAUGAGCUUGCGUGUCGGGGAGAGUGUGGUUACGGCUUGACGACACAAAACCAAGUAUCUAGAGCACCAUUGUCUGGUGGUGCUGACGCUGAAGAGGACGAAGGCGGGCAAAACGAUAAUGACCAGUCGUCGGUUGCCGCGCGGACUGGGGGAGGCCAGGCAGCCCAGAGACGGGGACAUCGGUUGCCAGCCCAUGACACCCUCCCCGGACCCAUGUUAGGCAUGGCCAUGGCGAGCAACUGUUGUCAGUUUUUCCCAAGUACCCAAGAAACUAUUAUUGGAAAACUUUACUUUGCCACGCCACGAGAGUCAUUUCCGGCAGAAGGAGGGCUCAACCGAUUUGUCCGAGAAGUGGAUGGACAAUCUGCAUGGCCGAAGGGGUAA